AUGGACUCCGUCAAAGGCAGAGUAUACGCCGUAACCGGUCUAGGCGGAAUCGGACUUGCCGUGGCACGCCAAUUACACUCCCAAGGAGCCCUCCUUUCUCUCGCAGAUCUGAGCGAAAAAGUCCUCACCACAGCGCGGGAGACAAUCGAAGCCGAGUUUGGCUCCUCAACAGUCGAGACAAUCACCACAACCGCGUUGGAUAUCAGUAACGUGAGCGCCGUAAAAGACUGGAUUGACAGUACUGUCUCGCACUUCGGACGACUGGAUGGCGCGGCCAAUAUGGCUGGCACGAUUGGCAGGAACCAUGGUACUGGCAAAUUUGUCGAUCAGGAUGAUGCCGAGUGGGAUAUGUUGAUGCGUGUCAAUGUCACCGGAUUGAUGUACUGUCUGCGGGCGCAGCUGAGGGCCAUUACUGCAACUGCCCCUGGUGGGAAGGGCAGUAUUGUUAAUGCGUCGAGUAUUCAAGGGCUGAGAGGGUUUGCGUUGCAUGCUGGGUAUUCGACUACGAAGCAUGCUGUUACCGGGUUGACGAAGUCGGUUUCGAAGGAGGUUGGGCCGGAGAUUAGGGUCAAUGCUGUUGCGCCUGGUUCUAUUCAGACACCUUUGCUGGAGAUGGCGAAGGAGAUCCAGGGCGGGAUGAGCAUUCCGCCGGUCAGUAUCCCACGCGUUGGGACGAGCGAGGAGGUUGCUCAGACGGUUGUUUUCUUGCUCAGUGAUGCUUCGUCAUAUACCACUGGACAGAUUCUUAGUGUCGAUGGUGGGUGGGAAUAA